AUGUCACCUAGAAAAAUAAACCCAAUCAUAAGAACCAUCCCAACCAAUAAAACCAGCUACUUCAGCCACCGCCUUCUGAACUCCGGCCGCCGGGCUCUCUCAACCUCGCCCUUCUCCGCCAAACCCCCUUCGGUCCUCGCCACUGACGUCAUUAAGUCUUACUUCCAGGCGGGCCUGGUCAAUGAAGCCCGUAAGUUGUUCGAUGAAAUGCCUGAAAGGGACGUGGUUGUCUGGUCGGCCGUGAUCGGCGGCUAUGCCUCCUGCAACCUUCACACGCAUGCCUGGCUCAUGUUCCGCGAUAUGCUCAGGGAUGACGGGGCGGGGGAGGUGAGCCCCAACGAGUUCACUUUCUCAAGCGUGCUCAAGGCCUGCAAGGGCAUGGGCUCACUUUCCUGUGGAGCCUCAGCGCAUGGGCUGGCGGUCAGGCAUGGCGUGCUUGGGAGCAUUUAUGUGGCCAACACGCUAUUGGACAUGUACGCGGCCUGCUGCUGCUGCAUGGGCCCGGCCCGUGCGGUUUUUGAGGAGAUUGAGGUUAAGAACUCGGUUUCGUGGACUGCUUUGAUCACGGGCUAUACGCACAUGGGAGACGGCCAUGGCGGGCUAAAGGUUUUUCGACAGAUGUUAGUGGAGGAGACCGAACUGAAUCCAUUCAACAUCUCAAUCGCUAUCCGAGCCUGUGCCUCAGUCGGCUCCCAAGCCUAUGGGCAGCAAAUACACGCCACUGUACUCAAGAGCGGGUUCGAAUCCAGUAUCCCCAUCAUGAAUUCCAUCCUGGACAUGUACUUCCGGUGCGUGGGCCCGCCCGAUGCGACCCGCUGCUUUCGCGGUAUGAAAGAACGAGACAUAAUCACUUGGAACACGAUGAUCGCUGGACACGAGAAGCCCGACCCACAUUCGGCCCUCACCCUCUACUCGACCCUUGUUGCGCUCGGGACCCCCUCCCCCAACUGCUUCACGCUCACCUCCGCAAUAGCCGCUGCCGCUAGCCUGGCGGCCUUGCGCGCCGGGCAGCAGGUCCACGGAGGGGCCAUCAGGAGGGGCCUAACAUUCGACCUCGGGGUGGCCAACUCGCUGAUCGACAUGUACGCCAAGUGCGGGAGCAUUUCCGGCUCGUGCGCUGUUUUCGAGGGUAUGCGCGAGAAGAAUGUGGUGACAUGGACCUCAAUGAUGAUUGGGCACGGCAGCCAUGGCCAGGGGAGGGAGGCUGUGGAGCUCUUCCGGAAAAUGGUCCAGGCAGGAGUGCAGCCCGACCGGAUUGUGUUUGUGGCGGUGAUCAACGCGUGCAGCCACGCGGGGCUCGUGGACGAGGGCCUGUGGCUGUUUGAGUCGAUGUGGAGAGACUAUGGAGUGGCUCCCGACCUGGAGGUGUAUGGGUGUGUGGUGGAUCUGCUGGGGCGGGCCGGGCGGGUGGGGGAGGCAUACGGGCUGAUAGAGGCGAUGCCGUUCGCGGCGGACGAGUCGGUUUGGGGGGCGUUGCUCGGGGCAUGCCGGGCCCACAAGGUGACGGAGAUGGGGAAGUUGGCGGCGGGCAGGGUUUUGGGGGUGGGGCCGGGGGGGUACCUGGCUUUGUCGGGGAUUUAUGCGGCGGAGGGGAGAUGGGGAGAUUUUGCGAGGGUGAGGAGGAUUAUGAGGGGAAUUGGGAGGAAGAAGGAGGCGGGGAGGAGCUGGGUCGAGGUGGCGGGGAAAGUCUGGAGUUUUGUGGCGGGGGAUAAGUUGGGCCCACAAGUCGAGUGGGUCUACGAGACGGUGGACGUGCUGGCAUCGCACGUUAUGGAGACGGGAUGUGUUCGUAACGGUUUGUGGGAGUUAGAGUGCGAUUGGGAGGACGGGACGUGA